GGUGUAAACCCCUCAUAGCUUCACAAUCUUCACAUGAGCGCGCACGACGCGGAGAAGUCAGGUGUUACACCGCGAGGUUAUGAUAACCGAAGUAAACAAUGAAGACCGAAGUGUAUAAUGACAUAAUGAUGACAAUUCGUAAUUUUCAUGGCCUAUCGAGAGAUUGCGCGAAAAUGUUGAAGGAGAAAUAUAACGAAAUUCAUCCAAACACGCUGUACAGCAUCCUGUCUUUAGAGAUACAACAGAAAAUGAAAGCCAAUCACGUCAGAUUGUUCGGGAACAACAAGAGUUACUUUGACAGUUACUUGGAAGCUGUGCAGAAUGAGGAGCCAGUUGGCAUUCUGUUAAGGCUAGCACAAAAUAUCGACGCUGCACCAGCUCUAUUGGCGCGUAACAUCUUGGAAAAACACUGUAUGCGCGAUAAUGCAAAUGUCUCCAAAACUCUAAUCUCCAAGCUGUUUAAGGAUACUACGUUGAUUGACGAUAAGGAUCUUGCAUACGAAAUUUAUUUGUGCACAUUGUACGAUGAUCUGUACGGACCUAUAGCCGAUGCAAUGGGAAUAUCCAUAGGACAGGAAUAUGAAAUCAAGCUUCAAGAGUGUCUAAUACAAAGAAAUAUUGCAUUUCGUAACGAAGAGCACCUGCGAUUGCGAGGAUAUGACAAGACUCCGGACAUUAAAUUAGAAGUACCGAUCGCAGUGAAUGGCUACGUGAUAAAUUGGAUCGAGUCCAAGGCACGAUUCGGCAAUAUGGAUGUCCAUCAAAAGUAUGUAAAGGAACAAUUCUUGAGCUACUGGAACAGGUUCGGGUCUGGACUAGUUAUUUAUUGGUUCGGAUUUCUUGACUGCUUAAACAAAUCGACUGAGAAAAAGUUUAUCAUAAUGAACCACUUUCCCGAAAAUGUUACAUACAUGGAUCCAGCUUGUAUCAAACCUACGAACAGCACGUAAUUGUAAUCAAAUAGGUGUACAUAAUCUAUUUUUGUAGUUAUCUUUAAGAGACAACGAGACAUAACACAUCUAAUACUUUUAAAUAGAUUUUUGUCUUAACAGAACUCUAAUCUGAUCAUGGAUUACUAUUUUAAUACUAUUUCAGACUGUUAUCGGAAUGGAACAAAGUAUGGUUUUGUAUUUUCAUAUUGUAUUAUAUUUCAAUCGUUCAUAAA